AUGACCUCUUUGCGCCCUCUGCGCCCCAUCCUGCGCUCUUCUUGGGCUACAGCGACAGUGCGAACCUACGCCAGCCAAACACCAGGAAACCCAGUGCUGGAGAUCUUCAAUCGAAAGACAAAGCAUUUACAGAAGGACCGGGCGGCUCGAAAUGUCGAAGAAAGUCGAAAAGUAGACUAUAUCAAGGACGAGGUGGCUAUGCGGUUAUGUGAACGACUUCUGGAUAUAAAACGAACCUUCCCCAACGUCCUCGACCUCGGUGCCAAUAGCUGCAACAUCGCCCGGGCCCUCACAACCCCCAACCCAGACCCAACAACCCCAUCUUCGGCGCCAUUAUCAGACCGCAUCGGCAACCUCACCUGUGUCGAGACCUCGCAUGCGCUCCUUCACCGUGAUGCCGACCUCCCCUUCAACCAGUCCCUCUCUAUUACCCGCGAAGUCAUUCCAGACCUGGAGACGACCCUCCCCUACGAACCCAACAGCUUCGACGCCGUGCUCUCCUCCCUCUCGAUCCACUGGAUCAACGAUCUCCCGUCGCUCCUGGCGCAGGUCAACUCGAUUCUGAAACCAGACUGCCCCUUUAUCGCGGCCAUGUUCGGCGGCGACACCCUUUUCGAGCUGCGGACGUCGCUGCAACUCGCCGAUCUCGAGCGGCGCGGCGGUGUCUCGCCGCAUGUAUCCCCGCUCGCGGAUGUACGGGAUGUCGGCGGGCUGCUCAACAAGGCGGGAUUUAAGAUGCUUACGGUAGAUGUGGAGGAUAUUGUCGUGGAGUAUCCGGACACGUUUGCACUGAUGCAGGACCUGCAGGCGAUGGGGGAGAACAACGCAAUUUUGCACCGCGAGGCGGGCCCGAUAUCGAGGGACGUCUUGCUGGCGAAUGAAGCGAUCUAUCGCGAGUUGCAUAAGGAAGAAGAUUCGAGAGGCAUCCCCGCGACCUUUAGAUUGAUAUACAUGAUUGGGUGGAAAGAAGGGGAGGGACAGGCACAGCCGUUGGCUCGGGGAAGUGGACAGGUGAAUCUGAAGGAUCUACUGGGAGGGGGUGGAUUCGAUUCAUAA